AUGGCAUGUAAUUUCAAUUCUCAUUUGAAGUGGAUUAUAGAUACAGGGGGCUCAGAUCACAUGAUAAACAAUCAUCAUCAUUUGAUUAAUGAGAACAUAGUAAAUAAUAGAGGGAAGGUGCAACUUCCUACAGGAGAAUCUGCUAUAGUUUCACACAUUGGAAGUGUACAUCUAAAUGAAUUUGACAUGAUUAGUGAAGAUCUCUUGUCUGGGAAGGUCAAGGGGAUUGGUAAAGUAGAAGAUGGAUUGGUGAUAGGUUGUCUUGUUUUUGCUACAAACUUAAACAUGAAUGAUAAAUUUGCCCCAAAGGCAAGAAAAGUUGUGUUGCUUGGAUAUGCUAUUAGUCAAAAGGGAUAUAAGCUAUUGGAUAUUGAAUACAAAAUACAUUUUGUCAGCAGAGAUGUCAAGUUUCAUGAGGAUGUGUUCCCCUUUCAAACUUCAGGUUUAGGACAAGACAAAGAUCAAGGUGUUUCAUUGUCUCAUUCACGUAUGGAAGAUUGUGAGCUUACACCUUGUGUUGUAUUCAGAAAUACAGUGGAUGGCCCUGCAACUGUAACUCAACAUGCUGUUGUCACCGACUCUUCUUGUCACGGUUCAGCCAUUGAAUCUCAAGAUCAGGUACCCUUGGUUUCUUCUCCUGAACCAAGCAUUUUAACAACUCAGUUACCUGUUGCUACCAGAAGAUCCAAUAGACUUGCAAAGCCCCUAAUCUGGCAUACAAAUUACAUUCUAUCAAAGAACAAAGCUGCAGGUUAUUGCUCCUAUCCUAUUACAUAUGUGCUGGACUACCAAAGCAUCACAUCUGCCUACAGAAGUUUUGUCACCAAAUUUUCACAAGAGAAGGAACAUGCUUCUUAUCAUGAGGCUAUACAAGAUCCUAGAUGGAUUACAGCUAUGCAAAGUGAGAUACAAACAUUAGAAGACAAUCAUACAUGGGAGAUUACUACCCUACCUAAGGAUAAGAGGGUAAUAGGGUGCAAAUGA